ACAGGAUACACACACACACACAUGCCCUCAUAACUGCUGGUACGCUCCAUCAUAUCUCAAACUGGAGUCAGACAGAGGAAGCAGAAUGUUAGGGAAGGAAGCUCUGAAGUCAGUGGCAAAGUAAGGAGCGCCUGAAGGCUGCGCACAACUCUGAGGGGCUCGGGUCCAGCACGCCUGAAGACAAGGGGGAGAUUCAGGAUUACAUUCGGCAGCUGAGGCUCCUGCGGAUUCCACCCAGUGGACCUGGAUUUUUUUUUUGGUGAAGGAUUUUUUUAGCCGAUCUUUUGAGCCUCAUCACUUCCCAACAGUUGCAUCACUAACCAUGAGUCUGACGCGCAACGGGACGCUUGAGAAGAGGACGCCAGAGCCCCACUCAGAACCGGCGUCCCCCUCCAGGGCAGGGUCAGGGGUCGUGGUGCCGCCUCCCUACUCUGUGGGCGGCAGCGAGGCGGCUGAUUCGCCGCUGGAGUUGAGGGGCUCUCUGGACUGCUGGGCCUGUUCGGUUCUGGUCACCGCUCAGAAUCUGGUCAUCGCAUUGAUCAAUGCCACCCUCGCUGCUGUUGUGUUCGGCACCAUCCUCACGCCGGCCUUGGCCAUGAUCGUAUUUGGUUUCCUCUGCCACUCAACAGUCCAGCCUCACGGAACAUCCGUGUACUGCUCCGACGUGCUGGACGACGUGGGCUGCGUGGCGCUGCUGGUGGUGGGCUUCCUGUUGCUGACCCCCCUGCUGGUCCUGGCGCUGGCGGCCUUCUGCCGCCUGGCGCGACACCUCCAGCUGGGCAUGUGCUUCAUCCCCUACAGCCGGGCGGUCUACAAGAACUUGCCUGCCACACGACGCAGGAGGGCCUCGGAGGGGGGGUGCUGCAGCCAGCAGGGGGCAGCAGAGGUGGAGGAGAAGGGCAGCGUGUGGGUGUAGAAGACAUUAAUGGUGUCCUGUUUUAACUCUUUUAUCAUCAGUUCUAUGCCUUUGUAAAGAUGUUCAUUUUAUCACCCUGUUUGUUAUUUUCGAUGCCUUUUUUUAACAAUAAAA